GGACGUGCAAGGACUUUGGCUGCCUUAAGCUUAUGAAUCGCUGACGAGAGUUUGGGUAGCAUCAAGAGACGAUUUCCCGCUCCACCGAAAAUGCAGUGGAAAAUUGCAAUUCUAAUUAUCGUAUUAGCCGGCAACGUGUCGUGCAUAAGAAAUGCAAACGGAAAUGACAAGCAGCGCAUUUCCGUAAAGUUGAAAAACUUCUUUCCCUCAGAGCCGCUGCUCAAUGAGGGAGCCACCAAGGAGGGCCCGCCACAAAUCUCCGCACGCGUCACCUCCAGCUCGGGCUUUCGACCCUCACAAAUGCUGGAGUUUACGCCUUCGGAUGUGAUGCCCAGCGGUGGACUCAAUCGGUAUCCUCCCAGCUAUCUAGCGCCCAACUAUCAGCAUCAGUUUCCCAGCUCCCUGAAGCAGUCACCGGCGGCCAUGGACAAGCAGUUCUCAUUCCCCGAAGAGUCAUCGGGGGGCUACAACCAGCAGCUAGGCAGCACGCCGAUACCCACAACGCCGAUUGUCAGCUACCUGGAUCCGUACACCCAGCAGAACUAUGGCUAUGUGCAGACAGCCACUCCACCCACAGUGAUCCAGUAUCAGCGGGAACAACCCGACGACGAUCAGGUCUACACGGUGCAAUCCUCGCUGCUGGUUGGCAGCCAUCAGCCGCAGCCUCAGCGACCACGUCCUGGAUUUGUGGACGAUGUUUAUCUUAAGCGUCCCGGCUAUGUCUUCGAUGAGAGCCCCGCGUCGGCGGUUUAUCGCAGACCCACGAAAGCACCGCCUGCGCUGCCAGCGCCACCCACCACAGCGUCGCAUAAAAUUUCAUACGAUUCGCAUGAUUACCCACCGCCAAGCUAUGCAGCCGAGCAGACAUCCAAUUUCGUGCCCCAAACACUGCCCGAACGGCCGCUCUACAACCGCCAAGACAUCAAUGACAAUCGAGCAGAGGCCCAACGACCCCAGCACCAGUCCAGGCCUCCACCAUCCACGUCUAAUUAUGCAAACAACUUUGAUAAUUAUUUGCAGCGGCCACCACCCAGCUACCAGGGCCAGAGCCAGAGCCAGAGCCCGAGCCAAUCGUAUGCCCAACCCCAGUCUCAGUCUCAGUCUCAGUUGGGAGGGUCCAGUCCGACGCACUAUCAAUACGAGCCGCUGGCAAGACCCCAGCCAGGAGUGGGACAUGGACAGGGACCAAGACCAGGACACAAUUACUACGAGUAUCAAAUUGGUGAGAUACCGCCACCGCAAUCCCAGCUAGGACAGCGACCGAGUCAGUACCCAAACCAGUACCAGUACCAGCAGCAGCAGCAGUUCAACUAUCGUCCUGGAGCAGGGCCAACGACAUAUCGACCCAGUCAGUCGUCGGGCAGCGGUGGUGGUGGAGGUGGUCUGGCCACUCUGGCAUCGCUGUUCAGCUCAACGCAGCAGUACGCACCGCAAUUUACGAACCUUCUGCUAGGUGGAGGUGGCGGCACAGCCUCCCAAUCACAAUCCAGCCCAUUAGGCAGUCUACUCGGCGCAUUCGCUGGCAAUGGAUACCAGCAGCAGCAGCAGCAGCAUCAGUAUCAGAAGCCUCAACAGGGACGACCACCCAACACACAACUCAUUAGAGCCCUGGAGAACAUCGCACGCAACGACGAUUUGGAGUGUGUGCCCAAGGUGCUCUGCCAGAUGAUUGCCGGUCAAACGUUACGUGGCCAAUUGCCAGGCUUCAUUACGUCCCCAGCCAUAGCCAAUUUCCUCACUGGCUUUCCCGUCGCCUCACCCGCUCUCAUCUAUGGCCGGGCUGCCCUGCUGGGACUCAGCGGUGGAGAGCGCAGCUGCCUGCAGAGCUAUGAAAAGUGUCCGAAGAAUGAGAUGGAAAUCAUUCACUAUCUGAACAAUCAUCGUGGGGGCUUCUUCAAGUUCUUUAGCGAGCCGGAGGAGCAGCCGGUGGCGGCGCAACAGAGCGAAGGUGGCGCAAGUUCAUUCUUUAGCAUCCUCUCAGCCCUGACAGGCGGAGGUGGUGGCCAGAGCCAGGUGUACACCACACCGCGACCUGUGGCACCCAGACCACGACCCACGCAGCGGCCCAGCACGGACAUUGCCAGCGGCAUUGGCAGCUUCUUCAGCCAGCUACUGUCCGAGUACCUGAAUGGCGUGGAGUACCAGCGCAGGAGGAGGCGGCGAAGGAGAAGCCUGUUGCCAACGGAAAUUAAACGCGCCAUUCAGACGGAUGAUGCCAGCCUGAUGCCAGUCGACUUUCACGACGAGGAGGACAGCCUGGACACGCAGUCGGGGAGGAUGGUGAAGUUCCAAGACGACGAUGAGGCGGAGGCCGCCCAGGCCCACACCGAGCUGAUUGGAGUGCUGCAAUUUCCCGAGGACGAGGGUCGCGUCGUCAACUUCAAGGACAUUGAGAGUGAGGAGGUGGAGCAGUAUCAGGAUGGUGCUAUCCGCUUUCCGGACGCCACUCCGGCGGAAGCACAGCGCAACGACCAGAGUAAAAUUAUCCGCGAGUUCAAUCGCGAUGCGGCCCAGCGCAAAUUGAGAUUUCCCCAGGAAAGAGAGGAGGAGGCGGAGGCGGAGGCGGAGGCUGAUGGAGCUGUCAGACAGGCUAAGCACUUGGCUCUCAUGGAGGGUUGGCGCGCAGUGCUGCCCAAUGGCCUGAAUGAGGCGGACUACGGUGUGGACAAGCGACGCGGCAAGAGGAUUGUGUUCAGGGAUACCAACGAGGAACUGGACGAGCAGGCAGCUAAUGAGGAGAGAUACAGGGAGGAGCAGCAAAGGGAGGCAGAAGAAAUGAUCCGAGAGGAACGCAUUAGAGUGGAGCACUUGAGAGCGGAACGAGUCAGAGAAGACGAACUCAAAGUCGAACGUAUCCGCGAGAUUCAGCUGAGAGAACAGCAACUUCGGGAUGCACCCGAGCGCUAUCCACUGAAUGCAGUCUACGAGGAGGCAGCGCCACCCCAGCGAGGAGCACGAGUCAUCUUCCCCGAUCACUAUGAGCGCUAUAUACGCAAAGGAAAGAUACUGAAUCGACCCACCUAUGCGCCCAGCUACGAGUACAGCGAUCGGAGGGAGGAGAAGGAAGAUCGUUUUGUGCUGAGCAAUGAGCACAGGCCCGGUGCACACUACCGCCUGGAGGCGGGCGACUACCCGCAGCCCAACACCCUGAACCAAGGCGAGUACAUGCCCAGCAGCAGUACGGUGCGCUUUGGGGAACCCUCGAAUGGUCCUCCCGCUCCACAGUACAACUAUCCCAAUGUGAACUACAUCGGCGACAAUCGGUAUGGCAGCAGGCCAAGUCAGAAGCCCAGAUACGAGGACGACAAGAACAUUUACGUGACGAAUUCGCAGGGCGUCAAUGAGUACUACAUACGACCCGAUGGCAGCAAGGUUUACCUGAGGGCGGGCUAGGGCUCGAAGGCUAAGGCGUUGCUCGCACCAAAACCCCACUGAGAGGCAGGCCACACAAAUAGUCACAUAA